AUGAUUACCGACGAAGAUCGCGAGAUCCUCGGCGCCCAGCCGUUGACGGCCUGGGAUCGAGUCAAGAUGAUUGGCAUCGUGGCCCUUUUACCCAUCGCAUUCAUUUACCAGCUGGUCCGGUUCUUCCUCCCCUCGCACCCGCAGCGCAGCCUUCACUGGCGCCAAAAGGCCAUGCUGGCCAGCAUCCACGCCGCCAACGUGUUCCAGAGCCAGAAGCGCAUCAGCUACGCGGGCAGCCACGUUAAGACGACCGACGAGCUGCUGCGCGCGUUUGUGCGGAAACGUCGCGACCGCAUCCAGCACCGCGAGGUCGCCGUGCCCAUCAGCGCGGCCGCGGCGACCAACCCCGCCACCGGCCGUGCCGUGCCGUCGCCCACGCUUCACUUCCUGUCCGGGCCGUGGCUCGGCAGCGGCGACGGACCUGUGCUCUUCUACGCGCACGGCGGCGGCUACCUCGAGCCCGUGGUGCCCGGCGCGCACAUUCCCCUCGCGCGCAGCAUGGCGCAGGCCUGCGGGGCGCGCGCCAUCGUCUUCAUCGCCUACGCGCUCUGCCCGGAGGCGCAGUACCCCGCGCACCUGGUGCAGGUUGUCGAGGCGAUGCGGUUCCUCCUCGAGCGCGAGGCGAUCCCGCCGGGCGAGCUCGUGCUCGCGGGCGACAGCGCGGGGGCGCACAUGAUGGCGUCGCUGCUCGCGCACAUGGCGGCGCCGGCACCGCACCCUCGGCGGGCGGACGUGCGACUACCUCGACGGGCCGCACACGGCGCGGCUGGUGCGGGUGCUGCGGCCGCGGCCGGACGAGGUGUGGUGCGAGAUUGUGGCGGCGCCGGCGGCGCGCGAGGUGUGGGCGCGCGUGUUUGGCGGCGCGCGGCCGCUCGUCCAGCGGCUGCUGGUGACGGCCGCCGAGGAGGAAAUCAUGCAGCGCGAUGCGAGGGUCUGGGCGGUCGAGUACGCCGGCGCGGAGAGCGUGGUGGUGGGACAGGGCGCGAUGGACGGCGAGCUGGCUGUGGUGCGGAGGGCCCGGCGGGUGCUGGCCGUCGGCGUCGGGGAGACGCAUGUGCAGCCCGGCCUGGACGAGGCCGUCGGGUAUCUUGGGGGCGGGACGUGGCGGGCGUUGCAGGCGUUUAUGUCGUCUCUACAGGACUGAGCAUGCUAAAUACCUACCUACGCGCGCUGCUCUAUUCGUCCACCACACCGCCAAUUGUGUCAACCAAUUCGUGGCUUGGCGGUAGCGGAGGGAAAUGCGAGAGACGUAGGCGCGAAUAUUAUACUAAAAACACGUCGUCAAACGCCACACGGUCGCUAGCGCUAGCCACAGCCGUACCCCAAAAGCUCCGCAAGAUCAAGGAUGAAGCAAAGAUAUCCGUAAACUCGAUCUUAAAGGCUAAGUCGCUGGGGCCCGCUGGCGAUCUGGACCAGCGGGAUGGCUGCCCACUACAAUCAUCCAAUGGAGAAAUGGCAUCUGAAGCAGGUGCCUGCUCCGUCGGGACGAGAUUUGCGGCCUCUUCAUCGCGGCUGUCUUCUGUCCGUUUCGUCAGUACAAAAUCCGGCCCGUCUCGCCUUGGUACGCUCGUCAUACCGCGGGAAUGCUGUUGCCUGCGGCGACGUGCUCUCAGAACCGGCCAAAGGACGAGGUAUGCCGAGACGGCACUGACUGCCACUCCUGCAAGGUCGAUGGCCCCGGAGCGGGUUGGACGACCCGUACUGAUAUACAGUGGGGCAGUGCCAUGGGAUAGGUAUAUAUAUCGAAAAUGUCGUGGAUUUGACCCCCCUGCUCACGGCCUCCCAACAUGCCGCCACGUGGGGCGAGACAGACAAGGGUUCCCAGAACUCGAUGAAUCCCUCCACUCCAGUAUCCAAUGCCAUGAUGCGCGAAUGAAGCAUAGCGCCCGAACGCCACUUGAACCAACUUGUAUCAUGCGCAGCGAGUGGGCAGAAGUUGGGCUGCAUAUGACAGAACGUGUGUGGCGCCCAACCGGCUUGACCAAGCACCUCAAGGCUGGCUGGGCUGACAGCCCAUUUAAGCCAUUAGUGCCUGAUUGGCUGGUGACUGGUUCUCGUCCCUCCUCGCCCCCAGAAUACGUCAGAGGUGAUCAAGCAAGACUGCUUUCUGGAGACAGAUACCCCAACACAAAUAUAGAACGACGACAAGGAUGUCAGCCGAGUGAUUCCAGAGAAAAAUCCGGCGUACCAAAAGGACAAACACGGACUCUGCCCCCCGUAGUAUCAAGCCCGUCGUUGUUCCACAAGUCAUUAUGGAAAGAUGGUACUCGGAAGUUGUACAAAAUUCGUGAAUCCCAGCUAGGUAAUACCUGCCUCCUAGGUGGGUAG